AUGCUGUGGUACUUAUUGAGCCCGAUCAGAGGCACAACACAGCCGCCUAGACUGUCUGCCAACCACCCAAUCCGCAAAGCCUUCUAUCGACAUGGCAAGACUACAGCCACCCACUGGCUCCUUACCAUGCUGGUGUCGGUCGCCAUUGCCAUGGGCUUUGCAUAUCCGAGCAUCGCACUCUCAGACAACCCGACUGCGGGCAUAGCGGCAAUCCCGCAUACCGUUUGGACGAUUGCCAAGCCCAUCGACGACGCGACUGCUCAAGUGGACAUCGAAUUGCGCCAGAUCUGGAUCCAUGGCUCGUUCAUGAAUGCGCUUGAUAAGGAUGUUUUGAAGCGCGCUUUGACUAUUCAGCAAAGCUUGGUCGGAGACGACAGCUCCAGCAACACCAUCCCGCGCCUCGAUGACAAGCUGCGCUCUGGCACCUUGCAGUGGGGCUAUCACUCUCCAUUGAUGUACUGGAACAAUUCACACCAUGCCAUCGAUGCUGAUACAGAUCUGCUCGAGACCAUCAACUCCCGCACGCGGACCUCUUCCUCUCUCAACGUGGGCAUGAGACCAGCCUCUGUAUUCGCCGGAAAGAAAUUCGAGGGCAAGAAGCUCAUCUCUGCUGAUGCCUUGGUGAUCACGCUCAUGAACAAGGCUUCCGACAGCAUUGGACAGCACUGGGAAUCGCGGAUGCAAGACCUCGGCCACUUAACCUGUGAUACAUGUACUCUCUUCCCGGCGAACGGCCGGGUCACCAGACAGCGUGUCUAUGAAUUCAGCUUCACGCCCCUCAGCUUGCCUGAACAUACUGCCCUUACGCUUGCGUAUUCUGCAAUGGCACUCUAUGUAAUUUUCAGCUUCCGGAGGAUGAGAGCGUUCCACAGCCGCUUCGGCUUAAUGUCUGCAGCUAUCUUUAUGAUGACUUGCUCCAUCCUGGCCAGUCUUACAAUAUGCGGAAUACUCAAGAUCAACCUGUCCACCAUCCCUCAAAACGCAUACCCGUUUGAGUGGAUGCGGAUGCAAGACUUUGAUACAGCGAAGGAAGUCCUGAAACUUGCAAAGCCCGGUGCAGACAAGUUCAUCAUGCGGCUUUUCGCGCCACUCGUUGUUGUUCUGGGAGGAUCAGAUCGGGCUGGUGUGCAUAGCACGCGUGAACUCUGGACCCAGGCUUUACGCAGCUUCGCAGUGCAUCACUUUUACCCAGUCGCUGUUGCUAUUGUCUUUGCAGUCGCAUUUGUUGCUGUGCUCAUGAAUUUCCUGCUCUACAGCGAAGCUGGAGACGAAGAUAACGAGAUGACAUUGGAAGAUCUAGAAGACAACCUCACCGCGACCUCGAUCAAUCUGCCCCACCGGCUGGAUAUCGUCAAGAUGGCGAGCAAUGACAAUGGGCACUUUGUCACUAUUGGUCUCGAUCGGACAAUUGCUAUAUCGGUGUACGAUGCUAUCUCGCAAGCUCAUCAUGCCACCGGCGUGCCACAGAACAUUCUCAAGGCAAUUGAGUGGCCAAUACAUCACAUUGCCGUCGAUGACAGCGGUGAUUGGAUCGCU